GUCAAUUUGCAAGAAUUCCCUCGUUCUUAAUUUCACAACCGUUUUUCUUUGUCCUGCUUUACCAAUUCUAUACUCAAACUCUUCUUAUUUGUGAAUGCAUAUGCUAAGAUAGUUGUGAAGGCAACUAAUACAAAGCCAAGCAAACCCAGCAUCUUAUACACCUAAAAUUUCUUGCACCAUUGUUAGGCCUCAUGCAUUAGGACAAUUCCUGAGGAGCUUAAAUUUCUGUUUGUUUUUGUCAAGUUUCUAUCACUGGAAAUGGGGAGUAUCCAACCUGGAGAAGUGCCCCAUUAUGAUCGGAACAAAGAGUUGAAGGCCUUUGAUGAAACGAAAAGUGGUGUCAAGGGAAUAGUUGAUUUGGGAAUUGAAAAGAUUCCUCGCAUUUUUGUACGGACACAAGAUGAGUUCACCGAGGACUUGGCUUACACAGAUGCUGGAGGGGAUCAGUUUCAGACACCGGUUAUUGACCUCCAAGACAUUGAUAGUCGACGUAACGAAAUUAUCGAUGAAAUUGGACGUGCAUCUAUGACUUGGGGAUUCUUUCAAUUGGUGAAUCAUGGAAUACCUACGAGUGUGACCGAUGAAAUGAUCCAAGGCAUACGUAGGUUUCAUGAGGGAGAUAUAGAGGUGAAGAAAAAGCUAUACGUGAAAGACCUCAGCCAAAAAGUACAGUAUGAUAGCAACUAUGAUCUUUAUAAAUCAAGAUCUGCUAAUUGGAGGGAUACCUUUCGGUGUCGUUUGUUAAAUCCAGAUCCUAUUGAUCCUCAACUAUUGCCUGACACUUGCCGGGAUAUAAUGGUCGAGUACUGGAAGCAUAUUAUGAAUCUUGGAGAUACUCUAGCUCAGUUAUUAUCAGAGGCUCUAGGACUAAACAAGGAACAUCUUAAAGGAAUGGAUUGUACUCAAUACUUGACACUCUUGGGUCACUACUACCCGGCAUGCCCUGAGCCUGAACUGACCAUGGGCACAACAAAGCAUUCAGACCAAAGUUUCUUCACGAUUCUUCUCCAAGAUCAGGUUGCUGGACUACAAUUUCUACAUCAGAAUCACUGGAUUACUGUAAAACCCAUCCCUGGAGCCUUAACUGUAAACAUUGGCGAUCUUAUUCAGCUUAUAAGCAAUGACAAAUUUAAAAGCUCCGAGCAUAGAGUAGUCGCAAGCCAUGUCGGGCCAAGAGUUUCAGUAGGGUGCUUCUACAGAGCAAGUUUGGACAAACCUACAUUGCUUUAUCCAAUAAGAGAGCUAACAUCUGAAACUAAUCCCCCAGUGUAUAAAGAUAUCACAUUUAAAGAGUAUAUCAAUUAUGUCCAUUCUAGAGGGCUUGAUGGCGUUUCCUCCCUAAACUACUUUAAGCUGUGAGUAUGAGCACAUUGGUCGAUAGCUAUAAACCAAAGUAACCAAAGUGAAAUGUAUUAAUUGCAUUGUUUAAUGGUUUGUGUUAAAUAUGCGCUGAAAAUAAACAUAAGCGAAAAUAAAGUUUCCUUGGUCACCAUCAAUACUCUCAAACAAUUUCAUAUUCCCAUUCAGUUUAAAUUCUCUUCCGCCCGAUCUGUGUUUCAUUACUAGAUUGGUCUUGGUAUAUUCCUUUUAAAAAAAUAGAUUUAUUUGAU